AUGAUAUUGCGCUCUUCCACCCGAGUUAGGUUAGAUCCUUGUAGGAGGCUCGUCCCUCGACUCCCCCUUCUUUCCUUUCUUAAUGGUGAAGAUCGUCAAGGGAAAGUAAGGCUUCAAAAAUGGUAUUGUUCUCAAUCUGAAAGGCAAAGGAAGAAAACACUGCGUGAUGUCAUGACGUUGGUUUUGUCGAGGAAACCUCGCAUGUGCUCGUUCCUAGAAUGGAAGGAGCUAAAAUUGGUGUACAGGAGAUACGCUAGUCUGUAUUUUGUUUGUGGGAUCGAUCAUGAUGAUAACGAGCUCAUAACCAUUGAAAUAAUUCACAGAUUUGUAGAAAUUCUUGAAAGAUACUUCGGUAACGUAUGCGAGCUUGACAUAAUUUUUCACUUCGAGAAGACAUAUUUCGUUCUAGAUGAAUAUAUUCUUUCCGGAGAGUUGCAGGAGACUGGCGCCCCCGCGAUACUCAGCGUGGUUGACGCACAAGAUCAAAUUCAGGAGGAAGAAAUACCACAGACAUUUUUUGAAGAUCAGAGUCUCAAUUAG